UAGGAUAAUUUGCUUAGCUGCAGCAGCAAGAGGCCAGACCCUUCCAAUAAAAAUAUGGUAUCCGAUAAAUACGUACAACAAAGUGUUCUUUUUAUCCAGAUUUGCAGGUAUAAUUGGCAAAGAAUUUUCACAUUUUGCUGAGACGCCUCGAUCCACGGACUGGGUCAUUGGUAAGAUAUUCAUAAGCUGAUACGGUCUCUACAGAAAACGCUUUGACUUUGAGCAGAGAGGGCAAGAGCAAGAAAAAAAUAGGAAAGUGAACGUCUCUCUCUCUUAUACACACACAGCCUUUAAAGUGUCUGUUCCAAUUUUGGUGAUUCUGAGUUCUGAAUGUUUUUAAAGUAUACGGGUUAUGCAUAGAGUUCUAUGACUCCACCUGAGUUGCUGUAAUUUCUCUUUCCCCUGUUUCACUCCCUUGGAUGUUGUGUCGUUUCUUUAAGGAGAGCCGGUAGCUUUAUUGGAUUCUGUUGUUAUUGUUCCCUGUUGCUGGGGUUUUGCUUAUUUUUGGGUUUGGUGCCUCGAUCUGAAGUAAUUCACCUGAAAGUUAUCUUAUUUUUAGGGUUUGUGCUUCUGGAUUUUGAUCAUCUGUCUUUAUAUCACAUUAUCAUACCAGCUAGGGUUUAGUUUUUUUAUGUUUUUGUCUAUUUUGCAUUUGUCUGCACAAUCGUGGGUUGGGUUUUGUGUCAUGUCAUGGUUAUACCACGCUAUCCUGAGUGUUAAAUUCUAAGUUCUAACUGGGUUUUGGUUUGCAUUUUUGUUCACUUGUUUUGUCUUCUAAAAUCUCGAGAACUAGUUUCCUUUUGUUCCUUUUCUGCUCCUUAGUUUAUCGGGUGCUUGGAGCUUGGUGUUAAGUGUUAACUAUUGUUUGUGUUCAUGGACUCUCACCAACCAGUCGUGUCUAUGCUCAAGAGCUCAUCUGUCGUUGCCGAGCCGGAGAUCCAGAAUUCCGGUUUUGGUAUUCGGAGUUCCGACGGUUUCACAGGGGAAAUUUCUAUCCCUGGGAAGGAAGCUGUAGUAGGCAACACGGACGGCUUCAUCGGCGUUCUUGAGGUUUUCAUACACCAAGCUAGGGAUAUUCACAAUAUCUGCAUAUACCAUAAGCAAGAUGUCUACGCCAAGCUUUGCCUGACCAGCAAUCCUGAAACUACCGUCUCAACUCAGAUCAUUAACGGCGGAGGAAGGAAUCCAGUCUUCAACGAGAAUCUUCGACUCGAUGUUCGGACCAUAGAAUCCUCCCUCAAAUGUGAGAUAUGGAUGCUCAGCAGGGUGAAGAAUUAUCUUGAAGACCAGUUGCUUGGAUUCUCACUGGUGCCUCUUUUGGAUGUUCUUAUUGGCAAUGGAAAAUUGGCACAAGAGUUUUCUCUCUCCUCAACAUAUCUCUUCCAUUCUCCAGCAGGAUUUGUCCAAUUGUCUCUCUCCUAUAGCAGAGCUUCACCGGAGGUCUUGGCUAUUCCUGCUCCACAGGCAUCUCUGACUGCACCAGCACCUGAGCAAGAUUCAGAAAUAACGGAUUCUCUGCCCAGUGACUUUGAUAAGAUUGAGUUCCCAGAUCCAAAAAUUGUGAAUGAAAACAAUCUGAUGGUUUCAGAAUAUUUUGGGAUCCCAUGUAGCACUUUGGACUCUCAGAGCUCUGAGAGCUUGGGCACCUCAGACACCGAAAAUCACCUCAGUUCUGAUAUUGGUAUUCAUGUUGUGGAAAGCUUCUCAGCAGGUAGUGUUGAUUCUGUUGAGAUUCCCAAGAAAGAUAGUCCUCCAACUCCAAGCAGUGUUUCAACAAACGAGUCUCCUUCUGCCUCAAUUCCUGCAAGCUCUCAGUCUGUCUGUGAUACUCCAGGGGCCCCGAAAUCUCCUAACCAGGACCUGACUUCACCUUUGAAGGAGAGGAGAGAAGAUGCUCUUGACGCAUAUAGUGAUUCUUCCACUGGGGUGCCAAGUAAUCCAGCUUCACAACCUCUCCUGAAUGUAAAAAUUGAAACAGGUCCAACGGUGGUUCAACAGGAGAUAGUAGACAUGUACAUGAAAAGCAUGCAGCAAUUUACUGAAUCUUUAGCAAAGAUGAAGCUUCCAUUGGACAUUGAAAAUGGAAGCCCCAAUUCUGGAAGUGCCAAUUCUAGCUCCGACCAAAAACUACCUUCAUCAAAGACCACUGGUUCGAGAGUCUUUUAUGGAAGUAGGGCUUUCUUCUGAACUUUAGUUUGACCAGUUCUGAGACACAGGUGACGUUAGGUUUUAGAAUCAAGCACUAAUAGUAGUCGUGGGCUUUAUAGUUUAGCAGGGCUUUUCCCUUGUAUGUUGGGGUAUUCUUGAUGUUGGGAAUCAGGGAAAGCAUGACUCCUAUGUGUUACAAGCUAUUUAUCUAUUACAACUGCAGUCACAAUGUAUGCAACUACUCUAUCAGUCUUCCUCUGUUCUUUUUAUACUGUUUUAGUUGCUUUUUGCUUUCUUUUUUCUUAUUCCUUCUACUUAUGUGGGUUUAAGCUUGGGUUUUGUGUAUUAUUAAUUGGAUAAUGUUGGAUUAUAGAUCAUUUGAGCUCAA